CUUUCCACUCACCUUCCAUCUUCUUCUUGCUUUUCAUGUUGCCAAAAGAGCACUAAUAUUAAUUAUUAACAUAAUACGGUGCAUUAAUAAUAACAAUAAGAAUAAUACAGUAGAAGCAACCUAUAGCCUUCUCAUUUCAUCUCAGUUUUUAAGUGACAUCCCACUUUUCUUAGAAACUUUCUAUUUUGGGCGUUUAUUCUAAGACUUCUUUUUUCAGAUUUUAACUUCAAAUUUCAUGGUGGGUGUAAGGCAUCACUUUUUCUGGAAAAGAAAAGCUUUCAAAAACCUUGGAGCCUUUACUAGAUGAAGUGGGAAAUGGAGAUUCUAUCCCCAACUUGCUCUAAUCACAACCUGUCAAAUUCAAGCUGGUUAGUUGCAGAAAGCCAAAGUACAAAAUGGACCCAUUCUGAGAACAAAGCCUUCGAGAACGCCCUUGCUCUGUACGACAAGGACACGCCGGACCGGUGGGAGAAGGUGGCGGAAAUGGUCCCCGGGAAGACGGCGGCGGAUGUGAUUUUGCAGUACAGAGAACUGGAAGAAGAUGUCAGUUGCAUAGAAGCUGGUCUGAUGGAUUUGCCGGCGCCCCUCCCCCCUCCUCCGAGUAGUUUUGCUUCGCCUUUCACACUUGAUUAUUGGGGAAAUAGCGGUGGCGGAUUCGAUGCUCACGGUCGUUCUUUCGCCGCCGGUGCGAAGAGACCGCCGUCUAGCCGGACGCAUGAGCAAGAAAGGAAGAAGGGCGUUCCUUGGACGGAGGAAGAGCAUAGGUUGUUCCUAAUGGGGCUAAAGAAGUAUGGAAAAGGUGAUUGGAGAAACAUUUCUAGGAACUUUGUGGUAACAAGGACACCAACACAAGUAGCAAGCCAUGCUCAAAAGUACUUCAUUAGGCAACUCUCAGGCAGUAAAGAUAAGAGAAGGGCCAGCAUUCAUGACAUCACUACCCUCAACCUCAACGACAACAAAGUCCGAUCACCGGAGAACAAGAAAUCUCAGGCGAUAUCACCGGAUUCCUUGCGAACAAAUUCUGAUAUCCACAGAGUGCCCCCUCAGUGGAACCACCAUCAACAGGGGAGUAAUAAUGGGUCAGUCUUGGGGAGUUUUAGCCCAGCUCAUCAAGGUAUAUAUUUUGGGACGUGCCCUUAUGGGAUAGGGUCCUUGGGAAUGAAUAGGGUACAACAAGGGAGUGCUUCUUUGCCAGAUUCUUACUUUGGAUCCGAAAGAAGGGCUAUUCAUGUAAAAUCAGAUGUGCAGCAUUACCAUCAUGUUCAAUAAUUGAGUUGUUAUCCCCCUAAAAAAACUGGUGAAUUUACAACUUUUCUUCUUCUACCAUGUAAAUAUGUUUUAGCCAUUUUCUUUUAGUCUUUUCAGUAAGAAGCUCAGAAUUCUGAUUUGGCAGUUUUGAAAACAAGAGAUCCAUUAUAUUGCAGGAAAUAUUUUGUAUUGAAAGAAAGCAAUCCAUGUAUGGAUUGAUGUGAAUGAUGUAU